AUGAGUUCAGUGGCCUUCUUUCUGCGUGCGACUUCGGCUCUUUUAAUCGUACAUAUUGACCCAGUCCGGGCCCAAGAGGCGGUCCAACGCAACUGGCCUGCACCGACUGAAUUGAACAAACCACUACUGGCGAUUCAGAUUGGAAGUAUCGUGGGGGCCUACGUGAUCUUCGUCGCUGUUCUCCUCGCUCUGCUUAUAUUUGUCGGACGUCGCCUUCGUCGCUCAGUUCAAUCCUCCAACUAUAGUCUGCAUCUGGAGAUGCUAAAGCCUGUUCGACCACCUGUCAGCUUGGAUUGCAGCCCAGUAUCCCCAAUGUCGCACAACCUCCCCAGCCCCAGAUCCAGCGGGUUCAAGUCCUGGGGGUCGCUGAACAGAGCUAGCAAACCUUCUCAGCCAUCUAUUAACGGCAGUAUGGUGACUGUCGACGAAUCAAUUGUCGCAACCGACCGACAGAAAGCCCAGGAUGAGAUGGAGAUGCUGUAUGCCGCUGUCAUGGAGCACGACGCUCAAAAGGCUUCUGGUAUCGACUUGCCCCUGAGAGACCCAGCACACCAAGCGCGGUCUCCGGACAGUCAGCUCACGAACCCAUUCACUGACCGUGACUCCCACGGAUCGGACCACUCUCUGGCUCCACUGAAGUCUCCGAUGAAGGGUUUCAACAGCUCACGCCUCUCGAAACUCUUCAGCACAGGCUCUCGGUCAAGUCCCGCGCCUAGCAAAGUGAACUCCCCUGUGGCGCUUCGCAAACUCCCCAUCUCAUCUCCGAUGGCCUCCCCCGCACCGACAACCCCACAAGCUUAUAUACCCGAGAACCCUCCCCUGUCUCCACGGAUCUACAAUCCCGGGCCGCCUCCAACGGUGCCAUCUCGAUUGCAGAUUGAAUCCCCAGGCACGGGUAGUCCCGGCCGUUUCAGGCCAACGCCCCUGAAUCUAACCCCGGGGGCCGCUGCGUCACCGUCGACUUCCCUGCCUUUCCGUGAAGCAUAUCCGCAGCAGAGCGCACCGGCAACCAAGACUACAUUCCUCGAGCGGCCUUCUAAGCUCCGCACUGGGCCAGUCACUGGCAUGCCCACGCCAUACACGCCAUACAUGCCAUUCACUCCCGUGACACCGUUUACACCCGGGCGCACCAUAACGAAGCGUCAGCGUAAGCGCGAGGAGCGAGAAAAUGGUCUGCACGCUUUGAAUGAGGAUGAUCUGGUUAAGGGCGAUGAUGAUAUGUGGGGUUGA